GUCAAAUAAGUAAAUUAGGUUGUCAUAUCAUUUAAUGAUCAUUUAAAACGUAAAAUAAGUUGUAAAUCUUUCCAAUAGUAUUGUAAAACAGUUUAACUUGUUAUUUGGCGCUGUUUAAUCUUACUCUAGUUAUUUUAGAAUGUAAUUGUUAACACACUUUAGUUUAACAGGUAUAAAUAAAAAUGUUGCGCAGAAUAUUGAAGUUGGAUCUAAAAUCGAGUAUUAAUCGUUAUUUGCCGCAAUGUGUGACGACAGGUGAUUGUGCGCCGUGUAAGGUCUUCCUUACGCAAACAAAAUUUAAGCAUACCCCUACCUGCCCUGUUUUGAGUAUGCCGACUGGCGGUGACGAGGGUGACAAACCACUAAAACGCGCUCUUAAUUCUGGAAAAUGUCGCAUGGGCUUCCUUCCCGAUGAGUGGUUUACAUUUUUUUACUCAAAAACCGGCAAAUCGGGGGGCUAUGUGUUUUUACUUGUUUUCGCUAACUAUUGCGUCAGCAAAGAAAUUUUGGUAAUGGAACACGAAUACUAUGGGGGUUUGUCUUGGAUUAUAGUACUGUACUUCAUAUCGACGAAAUUUGGACCCGGCAUUGGGAAAACCCUCGACAAGCAAGUUGAUGAAGUUGUAGCGGAUUGGGAAAUAGGGAGGAAGGCGGAAACUGCAUUUCACGAGACGAUAAUAAAAGACGCCAGGCUGGCACAGAAGCGAGCGGAGGGGCAGAAAUAUUUAAUGGAUGCUAAAAAAGAAAAUAUUUUAAUGCAACUGGAGGCCAUUUAUCGGGAGAGAUCUAUGCUUGUAUAUAAAACGGUGAAGGGUCGCAUGGAUUAUCAUGUAAAAAAGUAUUACGCAGUGGCCCGUAUUGAACAGAAAUGGAUGAUUGAGUGGAUUCUGAAGAAUGUUAUGAGAGCUAUAACGCCUGACUUCCAAAAGCGAGCUUUAAAUCAGGCUAUAAAAGACAUAGAACGUGCAGCCAGUAGAGCAUGAGAUGUUUUAUGCGAAAAUCAAUGUAGUUACUUCCAUCAUUCUUAAUUAUAAAGUUAUUAAUGGACAUGAGCGACUCUAAUCCUAAAUCGUUAUUAUUUUUGUCUCGUUGAUAGUAUUUAUCUCAAUUUCGCGCGUCAAUGAACAAUUUAUUUUACGAUCGCAUAGUGAUUAUACUUAGAUUUCAGCAUUUGGUAAUGUAUUGUCUUUUUGUGGUAAUUGAAAUUAAAAUGUUAACAAAACUUUUAUCAA